AUGACCAAAUAAAAAGAGGUGUUUUCUUCCUCACCAAGCUCAUUAACCAUGCAAAAACCCUCUAGUCAUGAAUAUCACUUGGAUAAAAGAAGCUACCCUUUCAGGGCUUGCCGACUGACUGACCCCAUUGUUACUACACUUCAGAUAGACGUUCAAUGUAUUUACUCACGCAUUGGGAAACCGCGGCCUCGAUCCAAGUCGAUCAAUCCAACUGCUGUCACGCUGAUAAGAGCCUGCAUUGGUCCCUUACACUGGUCCUCAACUGCAGCAUUCGAUCUUUGGGAAGUUAACUUUACCCACCAACAGGGUUUCUCCGAGUCCGAGAAUAGUCAACGGAAUAAGUAAAAACAAGAUGUCCGAUUUAAAACCCUUCCGGGUCAUCAUGUGGUGUGUACCACGUUCGAUAUCAACUGCCAUCGCGAAGUGUUUCAGUUUUAUUGAUAACGCAGAGGUAUAUUUCGAGCCGUACUGCCUGGCCUUCUUUCAAGACUUCACACUGAAAAUGAUGGGCAUGCCUCUACCAAAGAGCUCUAGUGACUUUCAACCGGAAGCGGCGUUGGCUAGGAUAGGAGCUAUGGUCAAAGGAACUCCAAUGGAAGCAAUGUUCAUGCCAGAAAAGAUCAAUAUGUCACUAUUCAUUCGCGAUGGUGUAAGGCAAAAGCUUGAUGAUCAACCGGCAGACAAACCCACAUUCGUCAAGGACAUGGCGUAUGGCAUCACAGGGUACCUAGAUCUCUUACCCAAGAAAGAGGCAGGUUACAAACACACGUUUCUGAUCCGUGAUCCUGAGCGGAUGUUCCCUUCCUGGAGAACCCUUCUGAUGGCUCAGGUCGCCCAGAUGCCAAUACCUGGACAGAAACCCAUCGAUCCUGCCACCUUUGACAUGACCACAGAAGUGCCGUUCAUGAUGCCAGGCUACACCUACAAAUGCCAAUAUGACCUCUGGAAGCACGUCCAGGAGAACUUUGACCCAAACCCUGUGGUCAUCGAUGUCGACGAACUUUUAGCCAAUCCUGCAGAGAUGCUUCCAAAGUACUUUGAAGCUUGCGGAAUGCCCUGGGAUGCUAAGUAUCUGCAGUGGGAUGCCAGUGCAGACAUCGUGAAGUCGUGGCAGUGUCUGUUCCCCAUGACAGGGACCAGAGCGGAUGAUAUUGUUGGUGUCACCCACGUGAAGGCCCUCGAGAGUUCUGGGUUCCGAGCAUCCAAGCCAAAGAUUCCGCGAUCGGAGAUGACCCCUGACACAAUCAAGGCUAUAGACGCCACGGCAGACUACUACAAGGAAAUGGCAGAAGCACGGAUCAAAUUGUAAAUGAGUGAAGAUUCUAAUAGAGGAAAUAAUUAUAAUUCUAUCUUCAUUAUGGUACUUUGGCAAUGAAUUUGAACUUUUUUAAUCCCCAAAUUAGACACUGGGAUUCUCAUUGAUAAAUCUUAGACCAAUUCCAAACAGAACACGAAUUAUACUUGUUACCACAAAAUUUGAAAGUAAAUUCAUGCUAAUACCAUUUCUUAUCAUUUUAUUGCUAAAAGAUUCAACUUUGUACCUUUUCUUUUAUUGCAGGAUUACAAUAAUUUGUACAGGGUAAAUGUGGACAGUAGAAAGGAAAAAAAAUACAUAUAGAAAAUAAAAUCAUAAAAGAAAGACUAAAGAGCAAUUAAGAAUUUGCAAUUACGAAUAGGAUGCAUCAAAUAGGCUAUCCAUAGAAAUUAACACGUGUCAGCUGGAGUUAUGACACUUAACAUGAAAUGGGCCCCAGGGCCCCGUAACACAAAAGUUAGUGAUUUAUCACUAAUUUGGAAGAGCGAUUCUGAUUGGUUCCUAGUCAGUCUACUGGGCAAAAUGUGCAUGCAACAAUGAUGUUGAUAGGCCAUUGAGGAAGAGGAUUCUAUGGUUGAAAUAAACGCUUGAACGCUAUUUACUUACCUUUAUUUACCAAGCAAUAAAAAUCCAGCUGUUUAUGUAAAUGAUUCAAUUUAAAUACUGCUAAAUCAUCCUCUCUUCUAAACUUACAACACACAUGUACGAUCAUAUUGUAAUUUGGUAAUAGCACAGUCUCCAAUCUUUUUUUUCUUCAAUGUGAAAUAAUUAUGUAAUAUGUUUGUUGCGUAUAAAACUUUUGUGCAUUAUUUGUAGGAAGUCACUUGAGUAAAAAGGUAAUCCAAUCAUUUUAAUACCCUGUCUAUUGCAAUGCUGGCUCAAGUGAUUGUUGAUCAGUUACUCUCCGUUUAUGAAAACAAAGAUUAUUUUUGUAUAUGUUGUUAUGAUGAAUCAUAAACUCAGAUUUAUAUGCUCAGUAAAACUAAAGAUGAUUGCUUAUUG